AUGAUUCGGUUAAGGGUUUAUUUGGUUUGGGCAGUCGUCUGCAGUUCAAUGGUUUUCUGUCAAGGGCCUCUGACACCACCGAAACCAGUCGUAAUCCCCGUGCCGCUGCCGUCCCUCGCGGCAAGUCCUGCGGUUAGCAGUGCUGCGUCAGAAGAACCAAAGAUUUCGACGGAACCGAUUUCCACGACAGCAAAAGCGGCGUCUGUACCAGAACCUUCUACUACAUCUACCACUCUUCCGCCGACUACUACUACUCCUUCAACAACACCUCCAACAACACCUCCGACAACUCCUCCAACAACAACUCCUCCAACGCCUCCAACAAUAACACCUCCAUCCCCAACGCCCCCUCCGGCUCCGACACCAGCUCCCGGCCCUCUCCCACCUCCACAACAAGGAACUUGGUCCUGGACCGAAAACAAUGUGACCUGCAUCCUCAUUAAGUUUGCGGCUCAGCUGAAUGUCACCUACCCUAUUGAUAACUCAUCAUCUCCACUGGGUCACCUGGUAAUGAACAUCCCUUCCACUGCCGUGGUGGUGAACGGCAACUGUAAUGGGUCCCAGCAGUGGGUAAACAUCACGUGGCCUGUGUGGGACAAGCCUGAAUCACCCAUGAACAGUAUGCUGAUGGUGUUUGCAAACAACGCCACCACUAAGCUGUAUUCUCUGGAACACCUCAACUUGACGCUCAUGCCAGAAGUCUUCCCUAACGCAUCGUCCCAGUUGUUCGUUCACUGGCAGGGCUCCACGUGGCGCACCCCCCAGGCGACCUCAUACCGCUGCUCGCCCCCCACUCAACUGAACCUGACCGCAGACGCCGUCAACCAGGUCGCAACCCUGACCCUCACACAGCUCCAAGAGGAAGCCUUCCGGACAAGUGGUAACAGCAGCGAAUUCAGUGCUCCUCGUGAUUGCGGCGGCGGGGACGUCCCUGACGCUGUUCCUAUCGCUGUGGGCUGUGCUCUGGGAGGGCUGGUGCUGGUGGUGCUUGUGGCCUACCUCGUGGGGCGACGCCGCUCACCUGCUAGGGGGUACCUCUCUAUGUAG